GGGGCAAUGCUGCUCUUGAGCAGGAUGCUGGUUGGACGCUGGUUGGACGCUGGUUGGACGCGCAGAUCACCGCAUUUCGGUCACGCAGGCUCAUCUCUGACCAUUCAUCGGUAACUUCGAGAAACACGGCGCAGGUCCGGUGCAGUGCUGCAGAUGACCAUUGGCCCCCCAGCCACACCUCACGUCACGUCAUCUUUCCCUGCUGCCCCCGCACGAGCGUGGCCACACCCCGCGUGCCAGGCAGAGGAUCCAUGCGCUGGAGUUGCGGAGUGCUGUUGACGGGGUCAUGGCUGUUGGCAGCCCGUGUAUGGCUUGGUCGAUGGUCGGCUCGGCUCGGCUCGGCUCGGCUCAGCUUUCCUUCGGGCGCAGAGAUAGGCCUGGUGUCCGUUGGGUGACGUGGCGGGCAAACCCCUUUGCUGCUUGGUGCUGACAUCACCGUGAUCAUUAUAUUUGACACCCCGCCGCCCUUGCUGGAAAUUCCAUUUGUCGUUGCUGCCAGCACAGCUCGCCAAGAGUUUCGCACAGGGAUUCGUCAAUCUUCGCGUAAAUUCUAGGCAUACGUCAUCCUUCACGGCAUUUCAUUUCCGCGAAAGCUAUCAAUGUCACCGUCAAUUCUUUAAAUUUUGAACCAUUGUUUCUACUCUGUGGACAACCUUUUUCAACCAAUCCACUGCUCAUGAUGUUCCCUCCCCAGGUUAGCUUGUGGGUGCUGGGAGUAACACCUUUCACCUUCUGAAUAGUAGGUGCUAGGCUCGGCCUUAUCUCGAUCUCGUUCCAUCUGCUAAGCAUUCCCCUCGUUGCCAGUGGCUUUCUUAAACGACGGGCUGAUCCUUAUUCUGUUGAAACCGAAUUAGUUUCCCGAUUCAGCAAUUUCGUCUUAUAUUUCCGUCAGAAGAGCGAUCAACUUUUUGUAUUACUAAUGGACUCCGCAGGGGACCCGAGUUGGAAGAGGUCAGUGUUCGACCUCUCUCACUUUUCCUCAACCCCCUCCUUGCUUCUUCCUGCCGCUGUCGAUCUGCACGCACCGCCGCCUAACCCGUCUACUACGUUCACGUCCCCAUCUGACGUCUUCUCCGUGCAUGCUAUGGGACCCUCGUGGCGUCACCAUGAUGCUUCCGCGACCUCCGCUCCCGGUCUCGACCCCUACUACGACUUCCUCUCUUCCAGCGGCCCCAAAAAGCCGAUUCAGCGAAAGUCGUCCGGGGGGCCGUCGUCUUCGUCAGACCCUUUAAGGAGACCCUCAAGACAGAAUUCUUACCAGCGGCGAUUAACCGACUCUCCCCUCCCAGCAGAUUACCGUGUCUCCUCCUCCUCUUCCUCGUCCUCCUUCUCGUCGUCGAUCAGCGACGGCCAAAAUCGCGGAGGUCAGCAGCAGCGUCAUCGUCCCGGCAUGUCGUUUCAAAGCAACCCGGUUCGGUUACAAGGAGACCCAGUCGAGGCUCAUCUCGCCCACGCCGUUUCCGAGCUUGCUGCGACGAGAGCUCCACCUGCCGAAGAGCUCCUGGGAUUUUCCGAGCAAGAUAUUCAAGAUUCCCACCAAAUUGGUGGACGAUCCGGGACACGAAAAGAAUUGAUCGCAGGGACGCCGCCAGCUGCUAGGAUGAUGUCGCGACGUGCGAUCCUGGUGGUGACCGUCUUUCUGUUUCUCCUGAUAGUGCUGCCGGCGCUUCUCCCGAGUAUUUCGCCUCCGCCUUCAGCGCUGCUGGUUAUUCCCGUGAUGCUCAUGUUCAUGCUCGUCUAUCUAGCCCUGGCUCCUCAUCACCUCCCUGGGAGGAACCACGUUUACACGUAGCUCUUCUCAUUUUCAAGUUUACGGUAGCUGCAGUGCUCCCAGCUUCAGUCUUGCCUAAGUAAAGCGUUUCUUUGCAGGCAUUAUUUCUGGGAUGUCCAAGACAUUCGUGAAGGCUGACAUUGUGGGGCUCAAUAUCAAUUCGCCUAGAUAGCCAUCAAAUGAAUGAGUACGAUCUGAGAGAUCCUGGCAAUCUACCACAGAGAAGCAAUUCAACGGCUUUUUAGUUCCAUUUGCAGACAUCAGAACAGUACCAUGCACCAGGCUCAAAACUCCUUUUCUGGAUGCAGGGUUUAUGGGAAUGAGACCAAGCUAGCAACUGUUUGGAUUGGAACAAGCACUGCACUCCCAAGCGACAUGCCUGCAUGAAUAACCAUCACGAGCCCAAGUGCUCACCCCUAGACAACCAUUCAAGUCUAUGGUACCUACCCACCCUCAAGCCUGAACCAGGAAACCUAGACAACCAUUCAAGGGUAUGGUACAGAACAUCUAGGCACCUCGAACUUUUAGACAUACUCUUCACCUCAUCUGACCACCUU